AUGUCAUUCAAUGUUGAAGCAGCAUCAUUAUCUUCAAUUGUUAUUUUCGAUUCUUCCGAAGAAGCAACAAUUACACAUCCUGUUUCCAAAACUGCACGAGAUCAAUUUUACCAAGAUACUAAAACAAUUAACGAGAAUAAAUCUUGGAAGGUCAUGUGUGUAAUUUAUAAAGGUACAAUACGUGGUACUAAAGGUUUUACAUCCAAUUACAAUCGACAUAUUAAAGAAUUCCAUAAAUCUUAUUAUGAUUUAUGGCAAGAAAAAUUACAAUUAAAUAAUAUUAGUGAUUGUUUAUAUCCAACAAAUCAUCCACGGCAAAUUAGUCUAGAAAGAUCAAUUAUUGAAGAUAUGAUUAUUAAAACUGGUCUUCCACUCUCACUUGUCGAACGUUCCGAUUUCAUUAAAUUUAUGACUCAUGUUGACCCUCGAUUUCGUAUGAUGAGUAGACGUACACUAACUCGAACGUCAUUACCAGGUUUAUAUUCGAAAAUGAUGGAUGGAUUACGAUUAUUUUGUUCAAAUGCACCCUUCAUAUCUCUCACAUUGGAUAUGUGGACAGAUCGAAGACAACGAGCAUUUUUUGCAUUAACAAGUCAUGCAAUUACUGAUACAGAAUUUAAAUCAUACGUUAUGGCAUUUCAACCUGUGUUUGGUAAUCAUUCAGCACCACUAUUAUUGGAAACGUAUGAAUCAAUUAUUAAUACGUUUAAUAUUCGAUCGAAACUAGUCCAAUUAGUUAUCGAUAGCUGCUCGAAUAAUAUCGCAGCUUUUCGUGGUUUAGUCAUCCCUGGAUUUGAAUAUUAUUUUCAAGAUGAAGAAGGUGCAUAUUUUGAUGAAAAUAGUGAUGUUAAUGAUGGAUUAAAAGGUUUGAAAGCCACACAGUCAUCAUUAGAGAAAAUUUCCAAAAUAGCAAAAUUACCCCACUCAACGACAUUAGUAUCGCAACGUUUCGAGAAAAUUAAUGUAUGCAUUCCAAAAGCAAAUAAAACUCGAUGGACUUCUCAAUAUCAAACAGUUAUGACAGUGGUUAAUAUUCCACCAUCUGACUUAAAUGAUAUUUUAAUUCAAACACAGCAUCGUGAUUUAUGUCUUAAACCAGUAGACUAUCAAGUUUUGAACGAGUUUAUCUCGUUGUUAACACUUUUUGCUGAAGCAACAACUGCCACUCAAGCAGAAAAGACACUAUCGAUUUCAAUUGUGGCUUCUUCAGUUUUAUCAAUUUGCCAAGAUCUUUUAUUUGAACGAAAUAAUAUCAAACAUUCAACAAAUUUAUGGAAUUGUUUGUUUGAAUCAUUUAUAGCUCGUUUUGGUGGUCUUUUGGAGCAAAUAUUAAUCCAGGUUGAUAUUGAAGAAAAGAAGAAAACCAAGCGAUUUUAUGAUUUUUUUCAAAGAUCCUGUCUUUCUGUUAGCACCAUUCAUGGACGGUCGGUUUCGUUUGCAAUGAUACAACAAAUUGCAUUAGAACAAUCUAUCUUGCUCGCACAUAUGAAUGGAAUAUGUACAACAUCAGUUAAUGAUAAUGCUCCAUCAAGUCCACCAUUACAAGCAACAACACCAAAUAGUAACAUCAUAUCAAGUCCAUGUGCUCCAAAACGAAAAAGUUUAUUCUCAAGUAUGGACAACAGAAUUGUAAAGAAGAAAAAAUUUGAUCCAUUUAGCUAUAUUAAAGAUGAAAUUUCUAGGUGUUUAAACGAUGAUGAUAUGGAUAGUAUGGUUCUUAUAAAAUCUUCAAAAAAUUAUCCAACAUUAAGCAAACUUGCUUCUAAAUUUUUAUCAAUACCAGCAACAUCUGCACCCGUGGAACGGGUGUUUAGUCAAAGUGGAUUUUUUUUUCGUCAACAUAGAGCAUCAAUGAGCAGAACAACACUUCAGCAAUUAACAAUGCUGAAGUGUAAUCGUAGUCUUUUCUAA